AUGGCUCCCGAUUUAAACUCGAUCCCUCCCUCUCCGCAUGGCCAUCAUCCUACUCAACCGACUGACAUUCCAUCCAAUUCGAAUUCCCCCGCCAUCUCACGACGCGUCUCUCAGGUGAUGGGUCCUCCUCCGGUGCCAGUCAACGCAACGUCGUCUAAUAACAAUGGCGGUGCGGUCGAUAGCUCUGGUGUUGGUCUCGGGCCAGGGCCUCUCCGUCAUCCCCGCCCGAUGACUGCAGCCGAUUUACAUCUGGUCUUGGAAAAAGAGCAAGAGGCAGUGGUUAAUCGCCUUACCCGUGAACUCACUCUCCUCCGACAGCAGACUGCAUCUGUUGCAUCGACUGCAUCCUCCACAUCAACUGGCCUCAACGAUUCUAUUGACGGAUCGAUCUACCCUACGUCAUCUCGUCAACAUCGAUCAUCCUCGAGCUUGAGUUCCCACAUUCCACCGGGAUCAGCAGCCUUGGCAGCGAGUGUUUCUAGCAUUGCUCCCUCUCGAGACACAACAUUACCUACAUCACGGCCUUCUGGGGAGUAUACACGCGUGGGACGGAGCCGCGAGCCUUCUGUGACCUCUCCACGGCAGCCCGUAUCUCCGUACGGUGACCAUAUUCAUUCUUCGGGACAGGGGCUGGCCCAUCGCAGUCCCGCUUCUCAUGCCUACAACACUACUCAUCUUCCCGACGUCCAUCGAUCAACUUCCAAUGCUUCCGCCGCCGGCAGCCGUUAUGAAGAAACCGCACACCAUCGAGCAGAGCUCGAAGCUGUAAAGAGAGAGAACGAGAUGCUUCGUCGGCGGGUGCGCGAACUAGAGCAAAAUCUCAAGUCGUACCGUGAAGUGCAACCUCACGAGGAGUCGCCGGCCUCCGCUUCCAGCCUGGUUGCUGGAAUGCGAGAUGCCACCAUCAGAGAACCAUAA